AUGGACGCCACUCUACUCCUCCACCGACCCGCCGUUGCCGCCACCUCCCCCAAGCCUAAGCCCAAACGUCCUUGCUGCUCCCCCGAGCCUAGACCCAUACCAAUCCCGAACCAAAAUCCCGUCGAUAUGCUUCUGGAAUCAUGUUUAGCUCUCUUAGAUUCAUCUACUGUCAACCUGGACCUUGCGUUUGACCGCAUACUCGAUUCCAGUGCUUGCGAUUCCGACAAAAAUUAUAUGAUCGAACGCGCACUCCGACUCGGUUCCGCACUCACCGAGGCUGCCAUGAGAUCCACCAGAAAGCGCGCUUCCAUGCAUAACUCCGUCGCUUGGGCCCUCUCUCCCGAUCUCACUAUCAAAGUUUUUUCUUUGCUUGAUACACAAAGUGUAUGUCAUGCUGCAGCUGCAUGUUCCUUUUUCCGUAAGUGUGCUGCAGACCCUUUAUGCUAUUCCAAUAUUGAUUUGACGACGGUAGUCCCAAAGGUCAACAAUAUGGUCGUUUCAACAAUGAUUCAACGUGCUGGAAAAGUUUUACGGUCUCUUAAGCUCGGGGUUGUUCCCAGCCCCCCUAAUUCAUCAGUGGGUACUUCUCAAGCACUUGUUUAUUCCAUGAGGAAUACGACUGAUGCAUCAGGAUUUUCGUGGAAUGAUAAGAGGUCUAGACAGGGUAAAGAGUCAUUUAUUCUUUCAAGGUCGUGCUUGGCACCGUUGAUUGUUGAUGGUGGUGCUCCAGGGGCUCUUUUGAGAAGGUUACAUCUUUACAAUAUUGAAAGAAUGGACAACACGGCAUUUGGUGUAGCAUUAUCUGCUUGCCCCUCUCUGCUUGAUCUUGAAAUUGUUGGCCUUCAUGUGGAACUGAGGCAGACGUUGGAGUCGGUGAGCAGACAUUGUCAUCUGAUAGAGCGUCUGUUUUUUGAAUCAUCCAAAACAGGUAGAGAUGAUAGUUUGAAAUUGCCAACAUGCAAUGAUCUUGUGAACAAUUGUCCACAUCUAACUUCAUUGGCACUCAGAGGAUUCAAAUUGCAUGACUUUAAAGCACGUGUACUUGUCAAGGGAUUCCGCAAAUUGAAGCAUGCUGACUUUUCAACUUCCUACUCUAUCACUGGUGACUUUCUUAGGAAUCUUGGUGGCAAUGCUGGUGGAUGCUCACUGGAGGCGUUGAUUUUACGAGAUUGCAUGCAUUUGAGGGAAAUGGAGGUUUCACGGUUGUUGUCGGCUAUUCUUGCAGGACGCUUCAAGCACCUUAUACAUCUUGACAUAUCCAAUCGGGAGGGCUUAGCAUCUGAUGGCGAUUGGUAUCGUCGAACUUUCACCACAGGUUUCAUGUCAUUAGAGCAAGUAUUGGAAGAGAGGCCUAAUCUGAAAAUAGUGGCAGAUUUCCCUGCAGAAGGAAGUUUCCUUGAAGAACAGACAACCAGCAGUGACAUGAAUAGUGAUAUCAAUUCACUUUCGUUGUUGAGUAGCCAUACAUCUGAUGGAUUGUUUACAAGUUCAUCGGAUAGCAGUUACAACAGUGAUCAAGAGACAGUCAAACACGAAGAUUGGCUAAGCAUGGCCACCCAAUAUUCUUGGAACAUAUGUUGCAGUAUAUGGUAG